UUCUGCGAUUAUUAGAUCCAACUCCAUCAAAAAUUAAAAUCUACAACCUAUUCAUCCCCUCAGAGUAUCUGUUUUUUCCUGGCUUAAUCAAUGGCAUACUCUCUAAUCAAUUUCAUUAUCUCCAUCUAUCACGUUGGUAUUCAUUCUUUCUGAGUUACUUUGGCUUCCUCUCUUCUUUCCCACUCUGUAGUUUCCUUUACUCCUGAAGGAUUUAUCUGGUAAAUUUUACUAAGUAAAGAGCUAAUACAGAUGAUGGCUCAUUCUGAUAACCCCAAUUGACAGUCUUGUGCUCUCAUUCAACCUCUGAGGAUGGCCAAGACUCAAUAACUUAAUAUCUGUAUAAACAAGUUCUUUGAGAAGUAAGUAAAGAACACAGCAGUGAGGCCAUACAACACUGCAUAAAAUCCUCCGCUUAGUUCUAAAACAUCUCCCAAUUUAAAGACCUUCAGAUGGUAUAUCUCCGCGUUCUCCUCAAGUCUAAAAUAGACACCUACAACAAGCCGGUCAGCUCUUUCAGAUGAAUACCUGUCAUCCUUCUCAGUGACUCUAAAGAAGUUAUUUAUUUCCUUAGAUACAGUCCUAUAAAGGAUAUUAUCUUCAGACACGGAAAUCUUUAUUCUUGAUGUAAAUAUCAGGUUUCACGGCAAAUCCUGGUAUUAGCUCUUAAUGGAACCUAUCAUCAAUAG